AUAUUGGUAUGCACUGUUUUGCUUUCACAGAAUUUUUGAUGCAGCUCCGCUCAUGGAUGUGACCCGUCGGCUCUGAAAACAACAGGCUACACUUUGGACUUCAGAAGAAAGCCAACUUACAGAAAUGUUAAAGUGCAAUCUUUCUGUGGUGAUAGAUGAGGAGCCUCCCUCUAUCUCUAUAAGGAAUGUUGGUUCAUGCACUUUACUGUCCUUGGCUUUUAUCAUUGGGGCUCCAGGAAACAUAUCAGUAAUGUGGAGCAUAUGUAGAAAGCUGAAGAACAGAUCUGCCACUGUGCUGUUAAUCGGAAACCUGGCACUUGCAGACUUUCUCAUUCUACUACCUCUGCCUAUUUGGAUAUACACAUUUGCUGUCGAAAAUUGGGUUUUUGGACUUGUGUUUUGCAAGAUUUUGGUAUAUAUGAUAUAUUCUAGUUUGUAUGCCAGUGUAUUCCUCAUAACUCUUUUGAGCAUAGAGCGGUUUUUGGCUGUGUUUCGACCAUUUCAUCUGCAGAGAUGGUCCAGACACCGGGUUUUUAAGAAAAUUCCCAUUUUCAUUUGGAUAACAUCUGCACUUCUUGGUAUUCACUCUCUUCCGUUCUAUGAUCCAAAUCAAAGUCAACAACCCUUCAAGUGCAUUCUACAUGAAUAUGCCAAUGAUACUCAAAAGGUAAUCUUUAUACUUUUGGAGACCUUUGUUGGAUUUUUGGUCCCAUUCUGCAUUAUUGUCUUGUGCUAUAUCUGCUUAUGGAGAAAACUCAGAGAAAUGAAAUUUGUUGGUAAACGUAAAUCAGACAAAAUGAUCCUCAUUGUGGUGGGCACGUAUGUUAUAUGUUGGAUUCCAUACCACAUAUUCAACAUUGCGGAUAUCAUCUCUGUUUUACUGGGCGACUGCAGUCUAAUGAGAACUUUGGACAUUGGUGGCACAGUUUCGGGGGCUUUGGUCUUUAUAAACAGCUGUUUGAAUCCUGUUUUUUAUUUUUAUUAUGCAUUUAGAAUAAAAAGCCCUAAAAAGAGCAUCAAGCUAAAGAUGCUUUUCGAGAACAUUGGAGGAAUGGAGACAGAACAGAAGCCAAGUGAAAAUACUGAAAAUACCGUAGAGAGAACGCAGAACAGUGCUGUGGUUACCACUGACUUUCAUACGGCUUAAUUAAUGCUCUACCUGCAGUGAUACUAUCUCUCCUGGAGUUGACCCACAGUUCAAGUGUCACAAGUUUCUGCACACAUCAUAUUUGCUCUGAAGAAUAGUGCUACGUGCAGCACACCGGACUCCUCAGUGGAACCCAACAGACUUCAUUAAAAGUUGAUGGGAUCCAUUGGGCACUGGUGG